AUGCCUCUGGGAAUUCUCGAAGACCGCCAUUUGGAGCAUGUCCCGGGCACGUCGCCCUUGAAUGAGCUGGGACACAUUGGGGUUGAGGACACAGCAGGCAUCGAUUCCAACUUCCUCAAACACGACCCGAGUGGGAAGAUCGUCCUCGUCCCGCAGCCGUCAGAUUCGCCUAAUGACCCUUACAACUGGCCAAAAUGGAAGAAGAGGAUGUUCACGGUUGCCAUAGCCUAUGGCUGUGGAUGCGUAGGAGCCGUGGGUCCUCUACUUACAGCCGCCCUCGCACCGCUCGCCGAAGAAUUCCAAAUCCCCUUGCAGCAAUUCACCCUCGGUCUCCAGGGCUCGUGUAUUGUCGCCAUCGCCGUGUCUAGCCUGGUCUGCAACACGUUGGCUGUCAAGAUAGGGAAGCGACCGAUCUACAUCGUCACAUCCGUCCUCCUCAUGAUCUCAUGUUUCUGGGCCGCCGCUUCCGAGUCUUUCGGCUCCCUCGCUGCGGCGCGAGCGGUCCAGGGCUUUGCCAUGGCUCCCAUGGAGGCACUUGUCCCGGCGUCCAUCGCCGAUAUCUGGUUCGUCCACGAGCGUGGCUUCCAGUCAGCCGUGUUCAACCUCGGUGUGCUAGGUGGCAUCAAUCUGGCCUCUCCUAUCGCUGGUGCCAUCAUCCAAUACGGGUCCUACCGAAUCUGCCUGAACGCAAUGGGCGGCGCGUUCGUCGUGCAGCUGAUACUCACCGUGCUCUUCAUGCCCGAGUCAGCCUACCACCGCAGGGGCGCCAUCGACAUCGAUACCACGGACAAGUCUUUCAGCCAGAUGCUCGAGAAGAAGACCGAAUUCGAGCACACCGAGGAGCAGACGUCCGGUAGCCCUACCACGGAGGCCAGCAACGAACCGAGAAAGACGUUUCUGCGCGAGCUCCUACCCUAUGACGGAUACUGGGACAAGACAUCCUUCUGGCGCACGCUCAUCCGCCCCUUCUUCUUCCUCGGCUCGCCCAUGGUCUCCUGGGCAACCCUGCUGUUCACGACCUGCAUCUCCUGGCUGGUCCUCAUCUCCAUCACGCUGUCUCAGAUCUUCUCGGCGCCGCCGUACAACUUCUCCAUCACCGCGGUCGGCGCUUCAAACCUGUCCUCCUUCGUGGCCACCCUGAUCGGCACGGCCCUAGCCGGACCUCUCAUCGAUGGCUUGGCAAAGUUCAUGUCAAAGAGGAACAGGGGUAUCUUUGAGCCCGAGUUCCGAUUGCCCAUCAUGACGACCUACCUCUUCCUCACCGCGGCGGGCUUCUUCGCCUGGGGCCAGUCGCUCUACGCGCAGGAGCCCUGGCCCGUCCCCGUCAUCGUGUGCCUCGGCCUGAUCAACCUGGGCGUGCAGCUCGGCACCACGGGCGUCGUGACGUACAUCGUCGACUGCCACCGUGAGCAGGCAGCCGAGGCCUUCGCCAUCAUGAACUUUGUCAAGAACCUGUUUGCCUUUGGGAUGACCUUUUACGCCAACGACUGGAUCAUGGUGCAGGGGGUGCGCAACUGCUUCUUCGUCAUCGGGGGCAUCACCGCGGCCGUCGUGCUUACGACCAUCCCCAUGUAUAUGUUUGGCAAGAGGGCUAGGAGCUGGACUUAUCGGCAUCAGGUCAUCACCAAGAUUGUGGAGUGGGGCCGUUGA